AUGUUCUCCAAAUGUCGAUUGACUAGACUGUUCAAAACAAUUCGUCGUCAGUCCACUUUAGCGGCAGAAAGUGUAUCACUUCCUAAUGCAGCAACUCCUCCUCGUUUCACAUUGGCAACCGUGCGCUCAUUCCCUUCCCUAGAGCCAUUAACUUUUGCGCCAGUACCAAUCAACGUGCUUGCUGCACCUUUACGGAGAGAUAUACUCUGGAGAGCUGUAGUAUAUGAAAAUGAUAAUAAACGUGUAGGAUCAUCCAAUCCUCCAGGGAGAAGCGAAAAUGGCUAUUCAAGACGUAAGUUAUUACCCCAAAAGGGUACAGGUAGAGCUAGAGCUGGUGACGCAAAUUCACCAACCAGACACAACGGUGCAAGGGCAUUGGCAAGAAAUGCACCAAAUGAUUACACAACAGCUUUGCCGUAUAAAAUUUACUCACAAGCAGUGCUGAACGCUUUGAGUCAUCAGUAUAAAAGCGGGAAUCUUUUCAUCAUCGGCGGGGGGAAUGAGUUGGCGAAAACAAAUGAACUUGAUUUGAAUGAACUAGACCUCGUCCCAAACCCGAACGCGGAGGCAGAUCACGGAGAUAUCGUCUUCGCUCGAUUCCUCAAGGAGUACAAUUUGGAAAACAAAAGGCUACUGUUCAUAACCAGUGAUUUAAGAGAAGGUUUGAUGAAACAUACUGACGCAUUCAAAGACAAAGUCGACAUUGUCCAACAAGAGUUUGUAGAUGUCAACGAUCUCCUGAAGGCUCAAAGAAUAUUUAUCGAAUUAGAGUCACUGGAGUUCCUAGCAGUAACUCACUCUCCCGAAUAG